AUGCAGUCUGUCAGUCACGCGCUGCGCAUCACCCAGGCUCUCAAGAAGGGUAUUCACAACGAACUCGCUCGCACCAAACACGAGCCUGUUUCCAAGGAAGAUGCUGCCGAGUCCGCCGAGCUUCAUGAGAAGUCCACGGCGCUUCUCAAGCAUUCUAUUGCCAGCGUCGAUGCGACUCUUCGUAAGAUUCGCCAAGUCAAGGCUUCUAAGGAAGCACGGACGAAAGCAGCUGGUAGCAAUGUGGAAAUUGUCGAGAAGGCCGCUGAAAAGAUAAUUCCGGUGGCGAUCAAGCCCAAGCUCAAGCCCUUCCCGACCAAGCCGACGAAGCCAAAGGAGUCAGAGCCACCCGAAGGACUGAAAGCUUCGGCAUUUCCGGCCAAUGUUCAGAAUGUGCUCAACACUUUCGGCCAUCUGGGCAGCAACGGCCUCGGCCAGGUGGCCACCACAGUCGAUGGCAUGAUUUCCGGCAUUGAGCCUGCCAUUGAUACUUUCGACGAUAUUCUGGUCCAACCAUAUCUGGAGAACCACAGCGCCACUCUCGAUACCGUCCCCAUCGUCGGCCUCAAGAAUGAGCAGGUGUUCUAUCUGGCCACCGUAAAGGACGCUGCCGCGUCUGGUGGAAUCAAACUCGAGUGGAGGCAUUUCAGCGAGCUGCCGGACGGCUUUCAGCUCCCUACCCCUGUCUCCAACGGCAACGGUGUCUACUAUCCCGGCGUUCAUCUCUUCCCGUAUGCUGGUCACCUUUUCAUCUCCAACGGCAGGACGGUGUGGCGAAGGGAGCAUCUGGGUGCGGAGGAUGAAGCACUUGCGAAUGCGGUGGACGACUACAGCAAAAUGUACCACAACACGUGGCAGAAGGUCGGAGACACCGUACUGCCAGCGAACAACCUCCGCAAUGUCGUCCCGUACUUCGAAAUGUCGCCGGCUGGCCAGCAGGUCAUUCAGAGACUGGUCGUCCUCCACGACGACAGCUCCAUUUCGAUCAUCAGGGAGACUACUCUUACCAGCAGCGCCACUUGGGACUCGCUCGCCUUCGAUAACGUACUUGGAGUCAACGACCAGUGGGAGCACAUUGCCUACUGGAACAACAAGAUUGUCGCCAUCACGACGGAGGACGGGAACACCUACUCCCAGAACCUCCGUCUCGACCUUCCAAACCUCGGGUACAGGAUCUCCAACAAGGCUCUGAUUGACCCGGUCAUUGAGCUCACUGCGACCGAGGUUGGGCCCGUGGCGAUCCAGAAUGACGGCACGAUGCGUAUCCGCCGCAUUGAUGAGGACCAGGUCACUGGUGACGAGCCGACGGAAGAUAUCCCGGAUGAUGCAAACGUGCCCGAGGAUCUCUUCAUCCCGGAGCCCGUCGAAUGGCAGACGUUGGCCCUUUCCGACGGCGUCACCAACAUCGGCAUCGCCUCGGCCGGCGUCCUCCUCAACUUCAAUCUCCUCACCCGGGUGCUCAAGUUCCGCUACAUCGACUCCCAGCUAGCCCUAUACCCGGUCAUGACCCGGUUUCGGGCCUUCAGUCUGGUCCACAAGUUGCAUUUGCAGCAGAUCAAAGCGAUCGCCGAGUCCUUCCCCUACCCCGACAUUCCCGACGACGGUGCGGUGCAAGUCAGCACCCGCCUCGUCAACCACGCCAAGCAGUGGUCUAACCUCCUGAACACUAACAUCAGUGCCUCCAGUGACGCCGUCGUUCUGAUGGCGCGGCAGCUCGACGACGUCAGCGAAGACAUUGAGGUUCAGCUCAACAAGCUGAAGGAUGACCUUGUGAUAUUACAGGGGAUUCUGGAUGAGAACCGGGACCAGCUGAGCACGUUCCGAAGGGCUUUUAUCGGAACAUUGAUCGCCGGCAUUCUGCUGAUCGCGGUGGCGGGUGGAAGCUUCUACUUCGGACUCAUCGGUGGGAAGGCCGCCAUCUUUUUGGGCUUGCUCGGCGUUGGUGCCAUUGCCGCUGCCGCCGUGACAGGGACAAAGAUGGCGGAUCUGAGAGGCGAAGUCGAGAGGGGACAGCUGGCGGUCGACGCUGUCACCAGCGCGAUCAACGAACUCACCUUCAUCUCCUCGAGGUUCAUCGACCUCGAGGGCAGCUAUGACUCCCUGAAGCAGUUCUGGGGCCAACUGAAGCUCGACGCCCAAACCAUCGACGAGAUCUACCUGCCCCUGAUGGCCGAGGACAUCUUCGGCAUGCUCCUGUCUCCCGAGCUGUACGAGGAGGCCAUUUCCAGGACCGAGGCCAUCGAGAACGCGUCCCAGGCGUACGUGGAUAUGUUGAAUCGCCAGGGCAUCAUCAUCCCCACCAGUGCCGCCGCACGCGGGAUGCCGAGAGCCGCUGCAAACCGCGAGCCCACGGCGGACGAAAUGAUAGAGGAGGCCCGCGUCUGUCUCGAUAAGGGUGACUUUGCCGGAUACGAAGCCAAGCUAGAAGAGGCUGUCGUUCUGGACAGGGCCGAGCGCGUCGAACUCGGAGCCGCAGUCGUCAAGGCCGGCGUCUUCUUCGAUGUCACGAGACUCCGCUCCAAGACUAGCGUCUGGGCCAACCCACUGCCCUUCAAGGCUUCGGCUGCGACCCGGCCCAUCGAAGCGGAGGUCGCCAAGGCCGGCAGGGCCGUUGCGAAGCUCCUCGACAAGACCAUCGACGUCUGCGGACAGACCCAGGACGCCCUUGAGGCAUGGAGGAAGAGCGAUAUGAAGGAAAUCCACCUCGAGACCGCGAUUGCUACAUGCAGGGAAGCCCAGGGAUACGCUGCCGAGGCCAACAACGCCUUUAUCAACGCGAAUCACGGCGCGACCAACUAUCAGCAAGGCCUUGAGCGCGACAUUGACAGACUCGAGAACCAGAUCAAAGUAGCCAAGGCCGUCGCGGACGAGAAAAGGAAGGCGGUUGCCAGCUCGGCGCCUUGGUAUGUCUACAUGUCACCCGCGGCCCUCACGGCCUGGGUCUUGAAGAAAAAGGCCGAAAUCAGCAAACAACUCGAGAGAGAUAUCAGCAGACUCAACUCGGCCAUAGGCGACUUCCAGAAACAGGCCCUGAGUGGUUCCACAUUCCUCGAUGAUCAACUUACAUGGCAGCAGAUGGUACAAGAAGUGAGCGGACGGCUAGGCGACAUCUACGCCGUCCUAGAUGUUGUCCAGACCUUUAUCGUGGCAGUCCCAGAGAUUCUCCAGCAAAAGGACAUCGCCGCCAUUCAAUGGGACACCAUCGCUCAGGAUGCCCGCGAAGUCCGCGCCAUCCUCGCCGGACAGGGGGUUCGAUCCCAGGCCCUCCAGCUUGCCAGGCGUAAUAGAGCUCAGCCCCCCGAGGAGAACAAGCAAACCCUCGUCAACGCCCUCAAGCCCGCCGCCACUCUAGCUGGGAAUCUCACCAAACAGGCUGCAGGCGCCCAAAACUUCUUUGAGGUCCUAGAUGGACUGGCUACAACCCCGACCCUCGCUGGCAUAUUCGGCAACUACUAUGAAGAGGAAGACGGGGAUGACGAGCUAGACCAGGUCGACGAAGGUCCCAUUCGGCAAUCGCUCCAGGAAAUCGCCGUGGAACUCCGCCUCAGGUUCGCCGACGCAGGCGCGAAACAAUUCCCCACUGUCAAUAUGAUAGAAGCCAUGGCUCUCCUCCAAAAGCUUCGGGUUCAGUAUCUCGUGACAGGAGCGGAGUCCCUGAGCCGGGUGAUGGCUAACAGUCAGUACUUCAACGACGUGGCGCUGGACAAGGCGCUCAGUUCGUACGACUACUACCUCGAGAACGUCAAGGCCUGGUUUGCGGGCAUCACGACAACGAUGCGGACGACGCUCGAGGACCUCAAGGAAGAGAUUGGCGAGUUGGACGAGAACAUCGAGGAGCUCGAGGAGCAGCAGCGCAAGAACAUCAUCAGCCUGGUCGCCAAGGUGGUGGCUCUCGCCUUCACCCUCAGUGGCGCCAUCGUCUCCCUCGGUGCGCUGAGCCCCUCAGUCGCGGCCAAGGUGGCGGCCGGCAAGUUCGCCAAGGUCGGCUUCAAGGUGGCCAAGAAGACGGUCAAGACGGCCCUUGAGUCUUCAAGCAUCCGUGAUGUGCGUCUCUCCAUCCUGGCGCUCAAGGAUGCCCGCCGCGAGCUCGACCUCCAGGCCCAACGCAUCGAGGACCUCCAGCCCAAGGUGGGCGGGGUCGAGAUUGAGCUCGGCGGCUUCAAUGGCCUGCUCGAGGGGAUGGGAACUGCCACCUCCAACGUCAGGAACAAUCUCGAGCAGUUCGAGGGUAUCGUCCUAGCCCAGGAGGACGUCGACGAGAUCCAUGCCUCCUGGGACGGUGUUAUCGAAGGUGCCAAUAAACUGGCUGGUGUCUUUGAUGCUGCGGGUAUUACCUCUUAA